GACCAACGUCACGUGUUCCUUGUGGGGGCAUCUCAAUCCUACAGUUUCCAUAGCUCGGCUUCAACCUCAGGACCAAGAAAUAAAAGCUCCCAACUCCUCUCCCUCACAGCAAUCGCAAUGGAGCACCCGUCGAGCGCGAAUUGGAAGGCUCACAAGAAGGCCGACAACCUUUUCAAGCCUUACGAUGUCCUCGAUGACACCGCAAAGGCUGGUGUGAUCGGUGCUCUCAGUGGUCUCUUCCUCUCCUCCGUCAAGAAUGCCAUGGCCAAGAAUAAUGUCGGCAUCUUGAGCGUCUUCACCCGAGGUGCUCAUAUCAUCGGUAUCGGAGCCGCCGCCCCCGCCGCAUAUGUCUUCGUUUCACGGAGCUCAAUGAACCUCCGCGAAAAGGACGACCCCUUCUCUGCUGCUCUCGGUGGCUUCGCCCUGGGUUCAGUUCUCGGCCUUCCCACAAGACGAAUGCCCGUUGUUAUGGGACUCGGUGGUGGUCUCGCAGUCUUCCAGGGCAUGUUCCACUACCUCGGCGGCCGAUACGAUAGCUUCAAGAGAGAGGACGAUGAGUUCGAGCGCAAGGAGAUCAUCCGACGAAGCACCCGACUGCCAAUUGAGCAGACUAUUUCAGAAGUUGGCGAGGGCCGAGGCAUCCGACCUCCUGGAUAUGAGGAGCGAAGGGCAGAGCGACUUAGUGCGAAGUAUGGUGUUGAGAUCAACCCUAUUAAGGCGACUGUCGAGGGUAGCCAAUAAGCACGAUGCGACGAGCGGGCGCACGGGACGGGACGGGAGCGAUUGUACAUAACUCUUCUGGGCGAGGAAGAGAUGCUACACUAGAGAAUUGGAGUUUUGUUUUGUUUCCAUGUGAAGCUCUGAACUGUGCCAACUCACACUUGGGCAGUCAGUUCUCUCCUUAAAGAUUACAUUCAUAGCUUUCUAUCAUUGGGGAAUACCCCAUGUUAUAAUUCACAAGACACUAGGCUCCUAAUCUAUCCAUUUACGAAACCUUUUCUGUAUAAAGCAUCGUGUAUAGUUACUCUGGUUUAUUCCUCUUUCACCUGUGUCACAAGCGUUUGUCUAUCCUGAUCUGACUUUACGCUCAUCUCAUUAUUUACGCCAGUAUAGGCUAGCGACUUCUUUAUUUAAUGCGGAUUAUCUCACGUUCUCAAUGUUAACCCUUUUUGAAUGUGUUCAUCCAUCCUGUGUCUCGUGUGGGUUCCAUUUGCCUUUGCCCUUGAUCCUGUUUUUCCAACUCAACGACUUUCAAGCCUGUGAUUCUCUCUUCCAUCCGUGCUGGACAGACCUCAGACCUUUACAACCUUCAGUCCGACUUGCACACAACGUGCGAAGACGAAAAACAUGCAACCGGCCAGCAUAGAACAGCCACAAAACAACUGCAGGCCGAGAUAGUCACCAUUCUGAGCAGACACGAUGGCUCCGGCGAUGGGGCUUCCUGUCAGAGCACCAAAAGACUGAACCGCAAACGCAGCGCCAACACGAGUGCCAAUCUGGCGAAUAUCGGAGAGCUGUGCGAUGAGAGUUGGGACGAGGCUGAUAUAGCCACCUGAUGAGAAUCCAAAAAUGACAGCAAAUACGACAAUGCCGGCAGUAUCUUUGACAGGAAUCCAGACGCAGAAACAAAAGAGGGCGGAUAUGAAUGUGAUGAUGAUCAUGACGUUGUAUCGACCAAUCUUGUCGGCGAUAAUGCCGGGAAUAAUACGACCAAAGAUACUGUGGUCAAGUUACAUUGAGGAUAGGUAGCAGGUAAGGGAUCAAAGUCUCGGACAUGCCCGCAGCCUGAGCCUGGAGGAGGACAUAGUUGAAGGGAAGAAACAUGCCCCACAUGAAGAGAAAGAAGCCGAUGACAGUGAUGAGGAUGGGAAAUUCGCGCAGACCGUUGAUGUAGUCCUUGACAACAAAGGGCUUGGGGCGGGGAGGUAGACGCGACUUGACAGUGAGACAAGAGAAGACAAGCAAGACGAGGAACAUGAAAGCCAUGGUACGCAUCAUCCAGGGGAAACCGACACUCUGAAUCAUCUUGUCCAUCAUGAUUGGAAGAACAACGCCUCCGAGAGAUGAGCCUGAGACCAUGAUACCGAAAGCGCCAGCUCUGCGCUUGAAGAACCAUGUGACGAGUGAGGACAUGCAAGCGUUGAAGACAGCGCUUGAUCCAAUAGCUGCGACGAUGGACUGUGAGAGGAAGAACUGAUAGUAUUCUUUUGACAAAGAAAUCAUCAUGAGACCAAAGAUGUAGGCGAUCGAGCCGCCCCAGAGAAGAUACUUGGGGCCGUAGUUGUCGAAGAGACUGCCAAACUAGCAAGAGGUCAGUUUAUUGCUGGACACGAGGAGGAUGUGUAUGCAUACAAUGGCACCACAGAAGACCAUGAAGAACACCUCAACAGAGGUGAUCCAGCUCACGGCAGAGCUAUCAUAGUCCCUAAGUGGUCCAGAAACAUAGUAUUUCUGAAACACACCCACGCAGUUCACAAGGCCGAAUGUGCAGAACAGAGCACACCAUCCACCAAAGACAACAAGCCAAGCCUCGAAACCGCCAUCUGGGAAAUCAGCUGGUGCCAUUCCUGGUGGAGGACCGGCUGGCGGUUGCUCCUGUUUCUUCACAUCAUCGUCACCACGCUCGAGAUCAGCUGCGACGGCGUUGGUAGGUUCUGGAUGUAUGUUGGCUUCUGUUUUGGUAGUAGGUUGAGGACCUGACUUUUCAGGGUCUGUUGAAGUGGUUGGUUGGAGGUUUCUGUCAUUGACCGUCUCGGAGGAGGAGGAUAUUGUCGAACGAGCCAUGAUGAUGGUUGUGUAGGUGUAAUCUGAGAUGUAGGGCAAAGAAAGGGAAGAAUUAUUAUUGUAUGUUGCGUGUUACUCAAGCUGCCAUUAGAC